CCCAGUCCACACCACGCACCAAAACCUGAGCCUCACUAAAAAAAAAUACAAAAAAUACUCAAAAUCAAGGCGUGUGCUGGAUUCGAAGCUGCAUGUAAUAAAGCCGUAGCAUGUCCGGCGCCGCGCCGCGCUCGCGUACCACCGACUGGUGAUGUACAAUAUGAUCCUGCACUCUGAUGAGACCUAAUUCGUUUUAGUGUAGUUAACUCGUAUGUAUCGUGCUGUGUAUAGAUAGUGUUGUAUUAUUGGAGUGUUAUAUGUGACGUGUUAUAUACCUAAUUGAUUUUACUGAGCCUGCACACUACCCUAUGGGACCAACCUUCAACCCAAUAAAGACAGCGACGACUUAUACAAUAAUUCCAACCGACAUACCUUAUAUAUAAUUUAGUCCUCGAAACCGACUUGUAGUUAUAUACACCUUAGAAUUAGUAACUUCUUACAUUUUAAUAUAUUCGUGGGCUGACGACCUCCUUUUGUAUCGUAAUAUAUCCCUUACGAGUGGUCGUGACUACCUGCCUACUGCCUACGGCGAGAAAGAGACAACGCAUGGAAUUGCUGGCAGUACACUGUGGUUCGAUUCUCCGGUUGAUCACCGCGGUUUAUAGAAGAAGAUGAACACCCAAGAGAGUUGUGGCGAGGAGCCGCCGACCACCGCACCACCGGCCGCCGAAACGCCGCUCGGACCCACCACGGAUGUCACCGCCACCACGGGCACCACAGUGGCGGGCGCUGCGGCGGCCGCGGACGGCACGGGGCCCCUCAUACCAGUACCGGCCGCGCCCAGGAAGCCGCCCAGGAGAGGGCCCAAAGUACAACAGGAGCGGCCGAAGAGAGCACUCUUCUGUCUAACACUAAAGAACCCUCUAAGGAAACUGUGCAUAGAUAUAGUGGAAUGGAAACCUUUCGAGUGGAUGAUACUGACGACCAUUUUUGCCAACUGUAUAGCGCUGGCGGUGUACACACCGUACCCGGCCAGCGAUUCCAACUACACUAAUUCAGUUCUGGAGAAGAUCGAGUACGUGUUCCUGGUGAUCUUCACGGGGGAGUGCGUGAUGAAGAUCAUAGCUUACGGCUUCAUCAUGCACACCGGCUCCUACCUCAGGAACGGGUGGAACUUACUCGACUUCACCAUCGUCGUCAUUGGUAUGGUAAGCACGGUGCUGUCGAGUAUAUUCAAAGACGCGUUCGACGUGAAAGCGCUGCGAGCCUUCAGGGUGCUGCGGCCGUUACGACUCGUCUCCGGUGUGCCUAGUCUACAGAUAGUGCUGAACUCUAUAUUGAAGGCGAUGAUUCCGUUGCUGCACAUCGCGCUGCUCGUCAUAUUCGUGAUCAUCAUCUACGCUAUCAUCGGCCUCGAACUCUUCUCCGGGAAGAUGCAUAAGAGUUGUUACAAUAAGUUUACAAAUGAGAUCAUGGACUCCCCACAUCCGUGUGACUUGGACAACGGGUUCAACUGCUCCAGUAUAGGCGAGGAGAUGGAGUGCAGAGAGGGUUGGAUAGGCCCCAAUUUCGGUAUCACCAACUUUGAUAACUUCGGCCUGUCCAUGCUCACAGUGUUCCAGUGCAUCACGCUGGAAGGAUGGACUGACGUUAUGUAUAAUAUACAAGAUGCGAUGGGCAACAGCUGGGAGUGGAUAUAUUUCGUUUCAAUGGUCAUCUUGGGAGCAUUUUUUGUUAUGAACCUUAUCCUCGGUGUGUUGUCUGGUGAGUUCUCCAAAGAGAGAGAAAAAGCGAAGAACCGUGGCGACUUCCAGAAGCUACGGGAGAAGCAGCAGCUGGAGGAGGACCUGAAGGGCUACCUCGACUGGAUCACGCAGGCCGAGUACUUGGAACCGCUCGCUGACCAGCACGACGCUGUCGACCAGAAGAGAGACUAUGGAAUUGGACCAAUGCCGAACGAACAUGAUUCCACAGAUCAUUUAGGUAUAGAAAAUAAUGAGCAACAAAAGAUAUCUAUUGGGAAGUUAUGGAAGAAAGAUUUUGAUAAAGUGAACCGUCGCAUGAAGCGGGCGUGCCGGCGCGCGGUCAAGUCGCAGACCUUCUACUGGCUCAUCAUUGUGCUCGUGUUCCUCAACACGGUGGUGCUCGCCAGCGAACACUACCAGCAGCCGCCAUGGCUGGACCACUUCCAAGAGUACGGGAACGCAUUUUUUGUUGCAUUAUUUACGUUAGAAAUGUUAGUGAAGAUGUACAGCUUAGGUCUACAGGGAUAUUUUGUGUCUCUUUUCAAUCGCUUCGAUUGCUUCGUUGUGGUGGGAUCUAUUAGCGAGAUGGUGCUCACAAAAACUGAGGUGAUGCCCCCGCUCGGCAUCUCCGUGCUGCGCUGCGUGCGGCUGCUGCGGGUGUUCAAGGUCACCAAGUACUGGCGCUCUCUGUCCAACCUGGUGGCGUCGCUACUAAACUCUAUCCAGUCGAUUGCGUCCUUGCUGCUGCUACUGUUUCUGUUUAUCAUGAUCUUCGCGCUGCUCGGCAUGCAGGUGUUUGGUGGAAAGUUUAACUAUGACCCCGUCGAAGAAAAGGACAGACAUAACUUUGAUUGUUUUUGGCAGGCGCUACUCACUGUGUUUCAGAUAUUGACAGGCGAAGACUGGAAUGCAGUAAUGUAUGAGGGCAUCAAAGCUUACGGUGGAGUGGGCUCCUUUGGAAUACUUGCCUGCAUCUACUUCAUUAUACUUUUCAUUUGCGGCAACUAUAUCCUACUAAAUGUGUUCUUGGCUAUUGCUGUGGAUAACUUAGCAGAUGCAGAAUCGUUGACCAAUAUUGAAAAAGAAGAAGGGGCUGUGGAAGAAAAAGAUGGAGGCAGUAUAAUAGCAACAGAAGGUGGACAUGUGGACACUGACGACGAGUACAUCCAUGAUGAUGACGCAUACACUACAGACAACUCUGAUAGAGAAUACGAAGAAACAGGUUCUGAAGGUGAACAAAAUGACGAAAUAGAAGGUGAAGUCGAGGGCGAAGGUACAGAAGAUGACGUUGGAGGGGAAAGAGUUGAAGAUGAACAGGAAAGAGAAGAAAAUCAAGAAAUGAUGGAAGGCCACCAGAGGAAUCAUAUUGUGAAUACAGAGAUGGACGAAGAGCCCCGUCUGAAACGAAAGCCUACAACGUCGUCAGCUCGGCCCCGCCGCCUCUCGGAGGUCGAUAUACACGACACUAAGAAACCCAUCCCCGACGCCUCGUCAUUCUUCAUAUUUUCCAAAAGCAACAGGUUCCGCGUGCUCUGCUACAAGUUGUCGGCCUCCUCGCCGUUCGGGAAUAUCAUCCUGGUAUGCAUCAUGUUCUCGUCGGCCAUGCUGGCGGCUGAGGAUCCACUCGAUGCAGCACAGAAGGGGUUUCGAAAUUGGUUGUUAAGUCAAUUCGACGUGUUCUUCACGGGCAUAUUCACCCUGGAGCUGUUCCUGAAGCUGGUGACGUACGGCCUGAUUCUACACCAGGGUGCCUUCUUGCGCUCCGCAUUCAACGUGCUCGACAUGCUCGUCGUUUGCGUCUCACUCAUCUCUAUGAGUUUUAAGUCUGGUAGUAUAUCGGUGGUGAAAAUAUUGCGAGUAUUCAGGGUGCUGAGGCCUCUUAGGGCUAUUAAUAGGGCCAAAGGCCUUAAGUAUGUGGUCAAAUGUGUGAUAGUAGCGAUUAAGACAAUAGGAAAUAUAAUGCUAGUUACUUAUUUAUUACAAUUUAUGUUCGCUGUCGUCGGUGUACAGUUGUUCAAGGGUAAAUUUUUUAGUUGUAAUGAUAUAUCGAAAAUGACAAAAGACGAAUGUCAAGGGACUUAUUUAGUAUUUGAGAAUCGUAAUUAUGUAGUAAAAGACAGAGAGUGGAAGAGGUACGACUUCCACUUUGACAAUGUGAUGAAGGGGAUGCUCACUCUGUUUACGGUGUCCACGUUUGAAGGAUGGCCAGGGUUGUUGUACGUGUCUAUUGAUUCCAACGCGGAGGACCGCGGCCCCAUCACCAACUUCCGUCCAAUUGUUGCAGCCUACUACAUUAUUUAUAUUAUUAUUAUUGCCUUCUUUAUGGUAAAUAUAUUCGUCGGUUUCGUCAUAGUGACAUUUCAAAAUGAGGGUGAACAGGAGUACAAGAACUGUGAGUUGGACAAAAACCAGAGGAAUUGUAUCGAGUUUGCAUUAAAAGCUAAACCUAUCAGAAGGUAUAUACCGAAACACCGCAUCCAGUACAAGGUGUGGUGGUUCGUGACGUCGCAGCCGUUCGAGUACGCCAUCUUCGUGCUGAUCAUGAUCAACACCAUCACGCUCGCCAUGAAGUACCACAACCAGCCCACCGACUACAGCAAGGCCCUCGACAUGCUCAACAUGAUAUUCACGGCCAUAUUCGCGCUCGAAUUCAUAUUCAAGCUCGCUGCGUUUAGGUUUAAGAAUUAUUUCGGCGACGCGUGGAAUACGUUCGACUUCAUCAUCGUGUUGGGAAGCAUCAUAGACAUCGUGGUGUCGCAAGUAAACGAACUCAAGAACCAGGGCAGUGGAAUGCCAAGAGCGCAUGUUGUCAAGGAGAGCUCGAUCCCGUCGAUCAAUUUCUUCCGCCUGUUCCGUGUGAUGCGGCUGGUGAAGCUGCUCUCCCGGGGUGAAGGUAUACGGACGCUACUGUGGACCUUCAUCAAAUCAUUCCAGGCACUGCCUUACGUCGCCUUGUUGAUCCUCAUGCUGUUCUUCAUCUACGCAGUUGUGGGCAUGCAGGUGUUUGGUAAAAUAGCAAUAGACGACGAGACGCACAUAACAAGAAACAAUCACUUCCAAACGUUCCCGCAAGCCAUACUCGUGUUGUUUCGAUCAGCAACAGGCGAGGCGUGGCAGGACAUCAUGAUGGGCGUGUCCCCGGAGCCGGACGUGAGGUGCGACCGCAACUACGACGAGGAGGGCGAGGAGGGCUCCGGCUCCUGCGGCAGCGUGCUCGCCUUCCCCUACUUCAUCUCCUUCUACGUCCUCUGCUCAUUUUUGAUCAUCAAUUUGUUUGUCGCAGUCAUUAUGGAUAAUUUCGACUAUUUAACUAGAGACUGGUCAAUACUGGGACCACACCACUUAGAUGAAUUUAUAAGGUUAUGGAGUGAAUACGAUCCCGAUGCCAAGGGUAGAAUAAAACAUUUAGACGUAGUUACUUUGUUAAGGAAAAUUAGUCCUCCUUUAGGUUUCGGCAAGUUGUGCCCGCACCGUGUGGCGUGCAAGAGGCUGGUGUCUAUGAACAUGCCGCUCAACUCGGACGGCACCGUGCUCUUCAACGCCACGCUGUUCGCGGUCGUCAGGACCUCGCUCAAGAUCAAGACCGAAGGCAACAUAGACGAUUGCAACACAGAACUUCGUGCUGUAAUAAAGAAAAUUUGGAAACGCACGUCACCUAAACUGUUGGACCAGGUGGUCCCGCCCCCGGGAGACCCCAACGAGAUCACCGUCGGCAAGUUCUACGCCACCUUCCUUAUACAAGAUUACUUCAGAAGGUUCAAAAAACGAAAAGAGCAAGAAAUGCGACAGAACGACGAACAGAAUCAUCAGAUGACUCUACAAGCGGGACUGCGGACCCUACACGAGGCCGGCCCCGAACUGAAGCGGGCUAUUUCUGGAAAUCUAGACGACAUAACCACGGAGUGCGAUGUCCCAAUGCACAGGAGAAAUCACUCGCUAUUCGGUGGGGUGUGGUCGAGUAUACGAAGGCACGGCCCCAACAGACACUUCCAUAAACAUCGGAAGCACGGUGAUGCUCCAGGAGACGGCCUCGGCAACCAUCUGAGCUCCAUGAUGCAGCGAGAGUACGGAGUGGGGCCGAUACCAUUAGCACCAAAUUUAGCAAACGGUCAACCGAAGGAACAGAUACCGCUGAGGCCACUGAUAUUCAACGGGGAAUCGGAAAAAAUAUAUCAAGUUCUCGACAACCAAAAGUCCAACUACCCGGAGAUGCUCGGGCAGAUUGGGCUGGCGUUCGGGUGCGUCAACUACCUGACGACGCCGAGCGAGGCGGCGCGGGCGGCGGCGGCGGCGUCGGUGUCGGCCUCGAGGCAGCGCGUGCACCCCGAGGAGGCGCCGCGCCGCGCCGAGCCCGAGGACGGGACGCCGUCGCCGGGCGCCGCCGCCGCCGCCGCCGACGCCAUCCGCCCCAAGAUAUCGGCGCUGCUGGCGCACGAGUGCACGCCCACCACGGAGGCGCGCACGAUGACGCUGUACGGCUACAACGCGGCGGCCCGGCUGCCGUUCGCAUUCUCGCACGCGGCGCGGCGGGGCGCCGGCGGGGGCGCGGGCGGCGGCGCGGGGGGCGAGCGCCGCAGCCUGCGCGCGCCGCGGCCGCCGCCCGCAGGUCGGAUGGUGCGCAGCGCCUCCUCGGGGGCGGCGGCCCCGCAUGCGCCCGCCGCCCGGCUUGUAGAUCGCGCGCACCACGCAGGUCCGCCCUCGAGCUUCGCGCUUCCUUCCGUCCCGGCCCCGGUCCCGUUCCCCCCUCCGCCCCCGCUCCCUCUCCGACGCUCCCUACCGACCUCUCGGUCGCUAUCCGACUUGGACUUGUACUCGAUUUAUGACGAAUUAAUCCACUUCUUCGACACAUGUCGCCUUCUGAUUUCCGAGCCGUAACGAAGGAAGCGCCGAAGUGGCGAGGAAUGACCCCAUGUCACUAGUUCCGUAACCGACUUCCGGGAGGAGGGUGUCGCAUCCGAGCGGCGGAGGCUCGGCUCGAGAGCGCCGCAGGUUUCACGUUCACACAUCGCUUCCGCUGUUCCAUGCAAUAUUCCACUUCCUCACGAAUACGUACACGAUAUUCACACGACCACUCGUGCCGGCACCCAACAACUAUACUUUAUUGGCUAGUUCUCUUUCAGCUUUGAACCAUGUUUGUCACAUUUUAGCGAGGACUAACGAUUAACGAGAGCCAGUGUUACCAUCACUUAACAACUAAGUAAAUAAUAGCAUGAAUCGCAUCGGAAAGUUUUAGACUUGCAUUAGUGUAGGACUUAGCGGCUUCCUUAGCGUACAUUUGCUAUACCUAAUCGAUUUAUUUAAAUUGAACACUGUAAAACUUGCACGUCCACAUGGAAAGUUUCACGAGAACAAUCAAUUUGUUUAUAAAAUUUUCAAAUUAAAUCAGUUUUGGCUUUUUCAAUCAUGUAUAAAGUAAUAUUACGCGUAUGACAAAGCUUUCAGAAUAUUGAAUUUCGUAGCAGCCUCACGUAGAUUAUUCAAAGAUUUCUUGAACCAAAUGCCACCAGGUAACUUACAAUUGAUCUUAUUAUUUAUAUUAUCAAUAUAAAUAAUAAGAUCAAUUGUAAGUAGACACAUUAAAUUCUCUGAUUUAUUUAGUUUAAUUAUAUUAUUUAUGA